UUCACAUUUAAUUAUGCGAAAAUCUCUUCCGGAUUUCGAAGUGUGAGUUAAGGGCUGUGUGUAUGUUUUUCUUUCACUUUUUCCUACAGCAAACCGAAGUAAUGAAGCGCAGACUUAACUCAUUCUGGGAAUAAUUACACAAGCCGUUAUGUCUUUUUGACACGCAGCCACGCAUAAGAUGAGGGUGUGCUUGCCUAGCGAGUGCCAGUCCGGCAGCCUCGCUUCUGCUUCCUGUGUCUCCGCCACUGCUUCCUCCUGCCAGUGCUGAUAACAAUCCAGGGAGAGCCUGAAAUCUUGGCCAUGUCCUCAGGAAACACGAUGUCUUUGUGGUGCUUGCUGGUGCUUCUGGCUCUCCCAGACCCCACUGUGAGCACCAACCCUGGAGUCAAGGUCCAAAUUACCCAGCAAGGUUUGGACUAUGGCCGACAAAUUGGAAUUGCGUAUCUGCAGGAGAAUCUGAUGUCUGUAAAUAUCCCUGAUAUCUCUGGAUCUAAGGAUGUUUCUCCCAUUGGUGACGUCGAGUACAGACUCUCAGGUAUGAGAAUCACAGACUUGGACCUGCCGCAGUCCUCUCUGGGCCUCGUCCCUGGCACUGGCAUCAGUCUGUCCAUUGGCGACGCCUUCAUCAAUCUGCACGGAGACUGGCAUGUCACAUACCUCGGGUUCAUACAAGACAGUGGAUGCUUUGAUGUGGCCGUAAGUGGUCUGACCAUCAAGGCCACCUUCGGUGUGGGCAGCGACGAAAUGGGACGACCCACCGUAAGCAGCGAUGACUGCACUGCCAGUGUGGGUGGCAUCAGUGUCAAGUUUUAUGGGGGGGCCAGUUGGUUGUACAACCUUUUCACAAGCUUCAUCGAUCAAGCCUUGCGCAAUUCUUUAGAGACAGAGAUCUGCUCUUUGGUGCAUAAUGCCCCCCUGAAAUCUCUGAAUGCUAGAGUGGAUAAGUAUGCCGAAAUUGAGUACUCCAUGGUUACUCCUCCCUCCAUUUCAAACUUCCUCAUUGAGUUAAGCUUAAAGGGUGAGUUUUACAACAUCGGCCAACACCAGGACCCUCCCUUCUCUGCGCCACCUUUCUCCCUGCCCCCUCAGAACAGCAGCAUGCUGUACAUCGGCCUGUCCUCCUUCACGGCCAAUUCAGCAGGCUUUGUCUACAACCGAGCCGGAGCUCUCAGCCUGUACAUCACCGACGACAUGGUGCCCUCAAGCUCUCCCAUACGGUUGACCACCGAAACAUUUGGAGCUUUCGUUCCAGAGAUCUCCAAACGCUUUCCUGACAUGAUGAUGAAGCUCCUGGUGAAGACAUCUACACAGCCCAACGUGACAUUUGAGCCCAAUAACAUGACUCUGCAGGCCAUGGGAACUCUCACGGCCUAUGCCAUCCUACCCAACACUACACUGGAGCCUCUCUUCAUCCUUAACAUGGAUGCCAGUGUCAGUGGCAAUUUCUAUAUAAGUGGACAGAAACUGGCUGGAUCUCUGCAACUGAACGGAAUUGACAUGGGACUGGGAACCUCAUAUGUGGGAGAACUUCAGACCCUUUUACAGAUGAAACCUCUCUUCAACAUCUUCAUCAAACUGGUCGUAAUACCAAAAGUUAAUGAAUACCUUCAGCAGGGUUUUCCUCUUCCAGCCAUCGGUAGAAUGAACCUCAUCAACAGCAAGCUGCAAGUCCAGAAGGACUACAUGCUGAUUGGAACAGACGUUCACUUCACACAGUGAUGUCCUCACACCCCGUGACUGGAGAUGUGCAUAAUCUUUGCUGCUUUCCUAACAGAUGACAACAGAAAGACAAUUAUAUACCAAAGUAUAAAUGUUUGGAUAUCUAAGGCAAAGAGGUUUGAACCUCACAUUCACUGAUCCAUGUCAUUAGUCAUCAGAAGAGCGAUGGGCACUACAGGGAGAGACAGACUCACCGUCAUGGAAAACAAGAUUUCGCAAGCCUGCGAUUUUAAUGACGGUUCCUUUUCAACAUUUUCCAGCAUACAGUCAUGUGAAAGAGAAAUGCACCUUCCGCGCUGCAGUGGUGCUGUGUGAAGUGCGGUGAAUGAUGCGAAAACUGCACUGUCGGUAUCAAUAAUGGUGAAAAUGAGUAUCUAAUCAGAUAUUAAUUUUUAAUAUCGAUUAGUAUCUGAGAAUCGAUUCUUUGACAACUCCAGUGUCUCAUUAUUUUCAACUCCAGCGUCAGCUAUAUCUUCAGUUUCUGAUCUUUUGCGGUACAUUUUUAGCGACGCAGCAGUGAAAAAGGUCCCCCCCCUUAAAGUUUCCAGCUGCGCCACUUUCCGAACGUUGCAUAGGCUGUUUAAACCGGUAUUGCGAUAAGAAAAAUUUAUAUAAGAACAAGAAUAAAAAAUGGUUUUUGGUAUGAACCGGUAUACCACCCAAUACUAUCCUGAAUAUCACAAAAGCAUAAGAUGCAGGAUGUUUUGAUAUUUCAAAACAUGGUGCACAUGAAAGGUACGAAAUAUCGCACUUUUUACAAUAUCAUUUAGCCCUAAGAUCACAAAAAAUGCAGUAUUUUGUAAGAUGAUGCCGCUAAGCAAUGGGUCUGAUCUUUGUUUUAGCGGCAAUUCUGACAUGGGAGGAAUCGUAGAAAGUAAAUCAAGCUAAAUGAUUUAAGUCAAAGCGAUGACAAAGACAGGCUAUGCUACUCCGAGAGGCUAAAUGGUCAACCGCGCUUUACUGGGUAAAUUUGUCACACCUGACAAUCCUCUUUUAAGAUUAUUGCAUUGCAGUCGUGCUGUGAUAAUAUUUAAGUUCUGCUUUGCAAGAUGUCCAUACCGUGGUAUUUUCAUUCCCUUUUUAUGUGAUAUGCUUCCACACAAUUGACCACGUAUUUGAACCCUGUACCAUCUUCCUUCCACCAUGUUGCCAAGUAAUCCAGAAGAAAAAUUUCAAUCAACGCUUUGUAAUCAUGGAGUAAUCAUGACAGCUCAAAUCUGUCAAGUCUGUUUUUGUCUACCAUAAUCAUUACCAAAUUCUCUAUCACUGUAAACAGAAAGUCAAUGUGGUGAUACAGCAUUUAUUUAUUUGUGUCACUGGUAAAUGUAAAUGACAAUCAGGAGAGGCCUGGAUGGCGAUCAGGAGGUAGGGAUCUUCCUUUCCUGACAGCCCUGUGGUGAUUACCUCCCCAUACAGCUCAGGGAUGAGUGGCUCAUGGCAUAACCUCUCAGGCUCUGAGAGUUGGCAGAUGUGAUCUGGAGGGAAAGCACCACAAAACAUGUGGGCCACUACGCAGGUAGCUGAACACUUACUGCAUGGUACAUCUCUAUCACACACAGCAGCUAAAAUGAACAAAGACAGGUCAUACCUUGACGAGCACAUAACCACCAGGACUGAUGGGAGAAGUGUGGGUGUCAUCACCAUGGAGUGGAACAUUGUCCCGCGGAAAGAUCACCUUUAUAUUCCCCUCGUUUCUUCCACACAAGUCCUGUGUGGAUCUUUUACUCUCCUGGAAAAUUAAGGUUAUGUAAACACAGAUUUAAACAAUGAGUCCCUACCUAGAAACAGUGGCAGUUUACAUUUUUGCACACAAAACAGUGCUUGCAGUACUUACUCCCUCCACUAGGAUAAGCUGUGUGCUUCCGAUCAGGCUGGUAUUGAUCCGUGCUGCCUCCUCUCUGAAAACACUUAUCAGCUCCUCUAGACGGUGCUGUUUCACCUCCACAGGCACGUCAUCUUUGAGACGGUGGAAAGCAUGGGUUUUCUGAAUGGAAAAUUAAAAAAAAAAUAAAGAAAAAUGUGACAAUUAAA